UCGAUCAGGUGAGGUUGGAUAGCGUCAGUGUCAAGCAGUAUCAAGCGUACAGCUUGGUACGGUGCACGUGUAUAAGCAAUGAUGAUGAAACAGGUUUUGUGUUAUGACCACGUGGCGUACUUUUUAUGCCUAUUGUGCGACCGAUGUAUAUAUUUUUUGAGAUUUACACCAUGUUACAGGGUGAAUAUGUGACGACAUUGUUCUAGAUAAUGUUAUAAUAAAAAUGUACAGUGACUUUGUAUCAAACAAGUAUAUAAUGGAAUUCCAAGAUAGAAUCUAAAAUUUAAGCUCGUGUCUAAGUUCUAUGUGGCAGGCUCAGUUGGUUCUAUUUGGCGGAAAGUAACAGAUGUCAGUUUUAAUACAACUGUGACAAUCAUGGAUUAUUUUGUGGGUGUGGAUGUAGGAACAGGUAGUGUUCGAGCAGCAUUAGUCAGCUCAAAUGGAAAAAUAAAGAAAAUAGCUACAUGUCCCCUUGAAGUAUUCAAUCCUGCUCCAAACUUCUACGAGCAAUCUUCUGAUAACAUUUGGAGUGCAGUAUGCCACGUCGUCAAGUCUGUAGUCGCUGAUAUUUCUGCAGAAAAUGUUAAAGGAAUUGGUUUUGAUGCCACCUGUUCACUGGUAGCUAUAGAUAAAACUGGUUCAUCCGUGACAGUGAGUCUUACAGGUCAAGAGAAAUCGAAUGUCAUAUUGUGGAUGGAUCAUAGAGCACACGAGGAAGCUGAAUUUAUCAAUGCUAUAGGUCACGAUAUACUACAAUACGUAGGCGGCAAAGUUUCUCUCGAGAUGCAAACACCGAAGAUGCUGUGGCUUAAGAAAAAUUUACCCGCUUCUUGGAAUUCGGCGGCACUGUUGUUUGACCUACCGGAUUUUUUAACGUGGAAAGCCACUGGAUCCGAGUCACGAUCUUUGUGUUCUUUAGUAUGUAAGUGGAAUUACAGCGCUAAUCCCAACGGUAAACACGGCUGGGACGAAGAUUUCUUCGAACAACUUAAUUUGCGUGACCUUAAAAAGGACAAUUGGAGAAAAAUAGGUAGCGACGUGAGGAUGCCGGGCGACGCAAUGGAGUCUGGUUUAUCGGCGAAAGCUGCUGAUGAAUUGGGAUUAUUGAAAGAUACUCCAGUCGGGACGUCGCUGAUCGAUGCACACGCCGGCGGCCUUGGCAUGAUCGGAUGUUAUGCACCGGAUGUAUCUCCAAAUUUCUCCAAUCGACUAGCUUUGAUCUGCGGUACUUCGACGUGUCAUAUGAUAGUAAACGAGAACAAGAUAUAUGUGAGCGGCGUCUGGGGGCCGUACUACAGCGCGAUGGUGCCCGGUUUGUGGCUCAACGAGGGUGGUCAGAGUGCCACCGGGAAGCUGCUAGAUCACAUCAUCGAUACUCACCCGGCGACGCCGGGAAUCUUGAAAAGUUUGGCUGGCAAUAAACACAUCCAACAACACUUGUCCGAGCUGUUGCACGUGAUGGCUGAGCAGAGAAAUUUGCAGAACGUAUCGUACCUGACGAAGGAUAUACAUGUGUGGCCGGAUUUCCACGGUAAUCGCUCGCCCCUUGCUGAUCCAACACUGAAAGGAAUGAUAUCCGGAUUAUCUUUAUCAGUGGAUCAAGAGAACUUGGCAUUGCUAUACUUAGCGACGGUGCAAGCAUUAACGUAUGGUACAAAGCAUAUAAUAGAAACUAUGAUGUCUGCUGGACAUAAUAUCGAGACUAUAUUGGUUUGCGGUGGGCUUAGUCAGAAUCAACUAUUCAUCCAAAUACAAGCUGAUGUAUUAGCAUUACCUGUACUUUGUCCCUUGGAACGGGAAUCUGUUUUAAUUGGCUCCGCGAUUCUUGGAGCGUGUGCCACGAAACAAUGUUCUAUGCAUGAGACUAUCAAAAGAAUGGCUGGAUUGGCAAGUACAGUGAAACCGACGAACGAAUGUUACAAGUAUCAUUUCCGAAAAUAUCAUGUGUUCAAGAAAAUGGUUCAGGAUCAACAAGAUUAUAGAAGAUUAAUGAGCGAAGAACUGUAG